AUGUGCCUUUUCCUUCCCCCCACUAUGAUGCAAAUACUUUCCGGAUAUGAGUACAAAAAAGGAAGAGAUGAUGACACUGAGCACCAUCUCAAGAACUAACCACAGCUCUUAUUACAUCUGGUGGGAUGAAGAGUAACCAAACAAUAAUCCAGAGUGAAAAUACAAGCGGCUACUUCUGCCAUGAAACCUCAUGAACAAAAGAAAAUUCACCGCUGAGGGAAGCAAUGAAGUUGUCUUGCUGGAUCGUCCUGUUGUUAAUGAGAGGAUCAGAAGUUAUAGAUUGUAGUGUUACAGAAUGUCUGCACAAGCACACUGACAUGAGGUACAGGGCUAUUAGUGGCCAGAAAUUUGUUGUAUCAUGUGACUUACCAUCUGAAGCCCCUGCCUCCAUCUUCAAUUAUUCCCAUCUCUAUGAAGACCAAAUGCAGUGGUUUUGGAAAUCAAGUGAUGAUGGGGAAAUUAAAAUGCUUCGGAGGAAUGCAACCACUAAUCCUGUGUUUCAAGGGAAUGCCAUCUGGUUUGAUCCAAUAACAGUUCAACAUUCUGGAACAUAUAUCUGCACAAAUGGGGAAAAACCACCAAGAUCUGUCAAUAUUUUGAUAGCCGUCCAAACAGAGGAGACAGCAAACUGCUCAGGGAAGAGUCCUAGUCACAGGUACCUGUUGGUCAAGCAAGGAGCAUCUAUUACUUGCCCAGGAAAACACUGUUUCAGGAAUUUUCCACACUCAUCAGUUAAAUGGUAUCAGAAUGGGAAAAAAAUAAAACUUCAAAAGGUCAAGAGACCGAGCCUGCAGCUUCAGGAUGAUAAAAUAAUAUUGCAUUCUGUCUAUGAUAGAGAUCGUGGCAUUUAUAUCUGUGAUUAUCUGCUGACUGACAAUAAUACCCCGUGGAAAAUGCGAACAGUAGUAAACGUAACCAUCAUAUCAAAAGACACCGUGAAUCCUCCAAAAAUUUUGUAUCCCAGCAAUGUGACAACCCUUGAAGUAGACGUUGGACACCUGCUUGAAAUGGAAUGCAAAGCACAGUUUGGUUUUGAAUUAAAUGCUUCAUCUUCCAUACAAUGGUACAGAGAAACCAGUAAAAGUAAGCUGCUGGUUCAACAAAAACGGGUUGAUCCAAAGGGGAUAGAAGGCCAAACCUUUAGCGAUAUUUUCAAUUUGACAAAUGUGAAUGAAGAGGAUCUAAACAGCCAUUUCAUCUGCCUGGCUCAAAACUCUGUUGGACAUUCCACAGGAAUUUUCAAGCUUAGAAGAAAAAGAGAAAAAGUUCUGUAUUUCUUGCUUGCAUUGUGUUGUAUCAUCAUAGCACUGUUUGGAGUUGUUUUGGGAGGCAUGCUGGCUUACUGGCGCUGGAUUGAUCUAGUGCUCUUUUAUCGAUAUUAUCUGGCCAAAGAUGAAACUCUGGGAGACUGCAAGGAAUUUGAUGCAUUUGUGUCCCAUGCAACACCAAAUUCUCUUGGAGCACAUCAUGCGCUGUUUGAAGAGGAGCAGUUUGCCUUAGAGUAUCUCCCUCAGGUUUUAGAGAAUGAAUACGGAUAUAAGCUGUGCCUCAUGGAGAGGAACAUCCUGCCUGGAGGAGCAUACACUGAUGACAUCGUAAAUGCUAUCAAAAGCAGCAGACGGGCAAUAAUGAUCUUAACCCCGAGCUAUUUCAAAAACAGAGAAAGCAUCUUUGAGCUCGAAGCAGCCGUCAACACUGCACUGGAAGAUAAGACCUUAAAACUUAUCCUGAUUCAGUUUGAGUCUUUUCAGGAGCCGCAGUCAUUACCUAGCAAGGUGAAGACUGCUCUCAGGAUUUUGCCCAGGAUUAAUUGGAAAACAUCCACCUCUCCUACUGCUAAUAAGCAGUUCUGGAAAAAACUGCAGUAUCAUAUGCCAGUGAAACAUACCAAAGAAGCUGGGAGCAAGUGGCUUUUCUUUUCCUCCAGCUCCUACUGGCCAUGGAGCAAGGAUAACCAAGAAGGCACCAGAGGGAGAAAUACAGAGAAAGAUUUGGGAAGAAAUUCCCCUAAAGUGGAGACUUAUCAGGGGAGGGGAUGCAGCUAAGUCAUCCUUUAUAUACAGAAGUUGUUCAGUCUAUAGCAGGUGAUUGGAAAGCAGGGCUGAGAAGGAUGUCCUGAAGCCAGGAGCAGCUGCUGAGUAGACCCAAGGUGGGCCUGCAGAGAUACCAGAGGCCAUUUCCUACCAACCUCAGUGGGCCUUACCAGCUGGAAGUGGUCUUUUAGUCACUUCCAGUUUUUCUUUCCUUCUUUUUGCCAAAACAAGUUGAACAGGGUUGCUUUAACAGGAGAAGCAGGGAUGGGGACUCUAGUCAUGGGACUCGCUGUCCUUUUUUUAAUGACAGACUCAACUCACAAUUUGGAACCCACCUGCUCUUCCCUUUUUUCCCCUGAG